AUGUAUUUAUUUUCUAUAUUGAAUGUUUUAUUUUUACUUAAUUUUUUGGUUUUAUCAUAUAAAAUAGUAGUAUUUUCUCCUGAUUUAUCAACAAGUCAAUAUAUAUGGAAUAAACGUGUCAGUGAAAAACUAUCUGAAGCAGGACAUAAUGUUACAUUGAUUUCAAUGAAAUUUAAUAAUAAAAAUAUCAUUAAAUCUCCUUUAAAUAAAUUAAUAAAAACAUACACAGUAAAUGGAAAUAUUAAAGCAAAUUAUAAAAAAAUUGAAGAUGAAAUGGGGUCUUUAAUUUUUCAAGAUAUCUCUUUUUUUAAUAAGUCUUCAACAAAAAUUCUUAACUUUGUUAUUGAUAAUUUUAUUUCUUCCUGUGAAAAAUUUAUUACAAAUAAAGAAUUUCUAAAUUUUAUUAUAAAUGAAAAAUUUGAUAUUGCAUUUUCUCAUAUGUUUGAUUAUUGUACAAUUGGAAUUAUUCACUAUACAAAAAUUCCAACGUGGAUAUGGCUUAGUAGUGGAGUUUUGGCUGAUCACAUGUCAAUAGAUUUAGGAGUUCCAAUGCCAAGUUCAUAUGUACCACCAAUAAGAGCUGAUUACAAUGACAAAAUGAAUUUUUUUCAAAGAACAAAAAGUUUUAUUGGACAUACAAUUAUUCCAUUGUUUUAUCACAAAAUUCUUAUAACAGAUAAAGAAACAGCUCUUUUUAGAAAACAUUUAUCACCUGAUUUUCCUGAUUUAAGAGAAAUUAGUAAAAAAUGUCCAUUAGCUAUGGUUAAUUCACAUGAAUUUUAUGAUAUUCCAAAACCAACUUUACAUAAAGUUAUAAAUAUUGGUGGACUUGGAAUGACUAAAAAAGAUGCUAAACCAUUAGAAGGAAUAUUUAAAAAAGUUGUAGAAGAUACAAAAACUAAAGGAAUUAUUCUUUUUACAUUUGGUAGCAUAGCAAAUUCAACAUUAAUGCCAUAUUCAUGGAAAAUAUCAUUUAUGAAAGCUUUUGAAAAAUUUCCUAAAUAUAAAUUUUUUAUUCGUUAUGAAGGCAAUGACAUCGACAAUAUUUUACCAAAAAAUGUUCACCUUUCCAGUUGGUUACCACAAACAGAUUUAUUACAAGAAUCUAAAACAAAAUUGAUAAUAACACAUUGUGGAUAUAAUAGUUUUCAAGAAUCCAUUUCUGCAGGUAUUCCUAUGCUUUGUAUACCUCUUGCUGGUGAUCAACCAAGAAAUGCAAAAUUAGCUGAAAGGCAUGGACUUGGAAUGAUUCUUUUAAAAAGUGAUGUUAAUGAAGAAAAUAUUAUAAAAUCAUUAAAGUCCAUCAUCAAUGAUAAUUAUUACAUAAAAAAUACAAAAUUAUUUAAAGAUAUGAUAUUAAAAAAACCAAUCCCUUCAGAUGUUUUACUUAUAAAAUGGACAGAAUUUUUGGCUGAAUUUAAAACAUUAGACAAUAUGAUUCCAUAUGGAGUAAAUUUGAAUUUUAUAGAAUAUUAUCAGAUUGAUGUUGUUUUGGUUUUAUUUAUACUUUUCUUUUUAACUAUUUCAGUACUUUUUAUUAUAACAAAAAAGUUAUUGUCAAUAAUUUUAAAACUUUUUUUGUCAAAUAACAAAGAAAAAAAUGAUUAA